AUGGCCGCUCCUCGCUCAACCUCUCUGCGUGCUCUGCGCCAGCUCUCCCAGCAGCCCACCGCGGCUCCCAUCGCUCGUCGCGGCCUUCACAUCACUGGCGUCCAGUCUGCACAACCCGCCAACCCUGCCGAUAAGGCCUCCCUGUAUGCCGCUCGCACUCUGCCAGACCUCAAGCAGGAGUGCCAACGUCGCUCGCUCCGUGCUGCUGGCAGCAAGUCCGAGCUGAUUGAGCGCCUCUCCAACCACGAUGUCCUCCAGAGCCGUGCCUUUAGCAUUGCCAUGCGCCGUAUCAACAGCAACGCCUUCUCUGAUCAACCAACCCGCUCCUUCAACACCUCCCGCUCCCAAAAAGCCGUCGGCGACUCCUCCACCGUCGACUUCAUCUACAUGCCCGCCAUGUCCACCCUAGACGCCCCCUCCACCCGUCCCGCCUUCCCCAAAGUCCCGGUCCUUCCCGACCUAUACUCCCACCACGAUGCCGCGGCCCCGUCCGCCCCACCCAUGAAGCCCCAGAUCUACACCGUCUCCGGUGGUGACAUCAGCGCUGCCUCUGCCAUGAGCGAGGUCGUGGAUAACCACGCCGUUGAGAUUGAUCCUUUCUCCUUGACGGAGGCUGUGGGGCGCAGUCGUAUUGGUGAGGAGUUGGCCAGGUCGAAUGGGGCCACGAAGGAGCCUGGUGUGGUCAGGGAGUUGUGGGCUGGUUUCCUGGAUGAUGUCCUUGGUCCGAAGGAUACUGCUGCCCGUAAGUAG